AUGGGCUACCAAGCUUAUCCCGAGCCAACAAUGGAUGAAAGAUACCUCGAGACAAUCCCCGAAGUCGAGUCUUUGUACAGUCGCCGCAGUAGUGUUGCGGUCACUGCUCUUCCAGAACUCCCUUUUCGGCCUGUGCCUCCUAUGGCGGAGCGUGAGUCGGUAUACUCCAUUGACCAGGAUUCAGUUUCUCCCAAUAUUUCCGACUUCAAUCCUCCACAGCCUUCGACUCAGCCGAGACAUCACCAUGACGCCAGUCAAGCCAGUGUCUCACCUUUGAGCAGCCAGACCUCAUUCCACCCUAACGGCUCUGAUGCCUCCCUCGUUUCUCCCAUUGAACCUUCAUUCCCAACUCCCACACAGCCAGACAAAUCUUUAAAAAGUCAGAUUCCGCGGAAGUUACCUGUCCCCGUGUCACAGAAUACACCCGAGGAAGGCAUUAAAAAGCGAUGGAAUCUACGUAAAGAAGGAAACGAAGAGACCCGGUGGGAUGAAUACUCGGGCGAACCUAGCCAGGCGGGGAAGCCCUCUUCUGUUCGCCCUGGAGCAACACCAUCCAGUCUAGAAGGGCCAUACCCUCAGCUUAAGGAGAGAACGCGGCAGAUUCUGGCUGGCCUGAAGGACAGGGAGGCAGUCAAAAAAUCGACAUGGGCCAAGUCUCCUCUACCAGACCCAGCCGACCCUUUGGACAAUCCAAUUCAACGACCACCAUGGAGGGGUGCAAGUGGUAGACAUGCCAUAGUCGAACCUGUCAAGAACACUCCAGAAGCUCGAACUCGACCUUUGAUGCUGGUAGAGCGACACAAGGCGCCCGAGAAACUGACAAGAAGCGAGACUCCCGAAAACACGAUCCCUCCCGAAAAGACUGCCAUGUCUCCUAUAGACUCCCUUUCAGUCGCCGCUUCACAACUCCCGAACCUCAAAAGUGUGUCCUCGGAAGACAGUCUCAAGCCCGUGGCCCCGCUGAAAACCAGGAAGGUCCCAGAAGUAUUGACGCCGCAAGCAUUGUCACCGAAGCAGCUCGAAUACACCAGGCUCCUAGAUAGCCCAUUCCAAAGUCCUGGUCCCCGCCCACCCUUUAUUGAACCGGCUCAAAGCCCAGCGCCCAGUACUGUCCAAGAGUAUGGAGCCGACAGCCCUACGCUAGGAUCCAACACCCCCUCAUUUAUCGGCCCCGACCGGAGUCCCAGUGAGGAGUCAUUCGACCCUACCGUGCAACGAAACCCGUUGCACCGUGAACCAGACACUUCAUCGAGUUGGAACACUUAUGCCACCAGCACGAUGGAAGAUAAUAGCUAUAUUCCUUCGAGUCCCAUCGCACGAGAGGAACUAACAAGCAGUCCUGUGCCAAUAGUACACUUACCACCUGCAGCGGUCCCAGAGCCAAUUGUCCUUCGCAAACGUGUUGCCGCGAACAAUAGUGGCCACCGCAGCUACGACAACUACAGCAGCAUCUCCCCCUUCUCCAACAUAUCUGGGCGAAAGUCGUCCAACAUCCUUCGCAAAGCUGUCGGUAACGAUGCAAAUGCCAACGACCGCAAUGGUAAACCUCGGGCUGUGUCUCUGAUGUCCACCAUUUCAGCUACCAAAUGCCUGCCUCCAACACCUAUCGAACUCCAAGCCGCUGACAAAAUCACCUCUCUCACAGCCCGACUUGAAGACCUCGCUCGGCGCAAGCGCAAUCUAAACAAAAUUAUUCGGGAACUUCAGGAAUCACUCAAAAAGAACGCAAUCAUUUAUGACUCGAGAAAACGCAAGGAAGUCGACAAAAUGAUUACCAAUCUGAAUUUGGAGAUUCAGGAUGUCACGAAUGAGGAGCAUGAGGUUCAACUGAAGUUACAUCGCGCCCAAAAGCGGAGGGAUAAAGAUGAUUUUUACGAGCAACCUACUGGGUUGUGGAUUAAGAGAGUGACAAGUUGA